UCGCUUGAAUGGAAUUUCAGUUGAAAUCCGGACGGUCAAACCUGUAGUCGCAUAGUCGCACGUCGUGACGUGCGUUGGAGUCCGUCCCUCCCUCGUGGUUCUUGUCUUCGCUCAAAGCGAAAAGUCUUUCUGUUCCUCGAGUAACAAGCCGACCGAUCAAAAAUGGGGUGCGGAAUGGGAGUCGUCAAGUACCUGCUCUUCAUAUUUAAUUUCAUCUUCGUGCUAUGUGGCCUGGCAAUCUUGGUUAUCGGCGUUAUAGUGCAAAUAGGAAAGAAUAAUUAUUCCGAACACCUAAAUGAAAUUACGAGUAAUCUCACGUUCCCGGCAAUUACGUUGAUUGUCAUUGGAAGCAUCAUCUUUGUCAUCGCUUUCCUAGGAUGCUGCGGUGCCAUUCGCGAGAGUCACUGUAUGAUUGUCACGUUUGCAUGUUUACUAUUGACGAUCCUGAUCAUACAAGUGGCUGUCGCAAUCUUCGUGUUUGUCGCAGCGAACAACGCCGGCGAAAUCGAUUUUGGGAAAGAAUACAGAACAAACGUUUUCGAUCGCUACAAAAAUGGGAACGAAGAAGAUAAGGAAAUCGUAAAUACCAUACAAGAAGCGUUGCAAUGCUGUGGUGUUGAUAGUGCCAAAGAUUUUGGCGGACAGCCGAUUCCAGGAAGUUGUUGUGGUAAGAAGGAAUCUAAUUGCGAUUUAUCAAACGCUUACACCAAAGGUUGCGCUUCGGCGAUAGAAGAUUUUUUCAAGCACUCACUUACGGUACUGGGUGGCAUCGCCAUAGGUAUUGCUGUUGCAGAGCUGAUCGGCAUUAUCUUUGCAUUAUGUCUGGCAAAUUCCAUUAAGAAUGCUGAACGCAGAGGUUAUAGUGUGUAAAAGUGGAGCAUUGCGAAGGACAUCACUUCGUGCGGGAGGCUUUCAACAUGUAACAACAAUCUUACUUUCAUCUUACUACCAUCAACGUAUUUGCCUAUAAGAUGUGAUAGAACACUUGCGCUCUAUAGCAAGAUAAAUUUUUUUUCUUUUUCUAAGCGAAGAAUGAAACCAGAUGGUCUUAUGUUUUUUUUCCGAUUUCUUUGCAGUCAUAAUUACAGUGUACAGAUAAUAUUUUCCUUAUAAAAUGACGAACUUUUGUUUUUUGGUUACAAGAAUUCAAUGCAGAAUCCAGCGCACGAAUAUCACCUGGCAAUGACCUAACCAUCGUAAUUAUUGCUGGGUGUCAGACCUCAUUUUUUUUCCUUUGUAAAAAAACUUUUUUUAUACGGUUCUAUACAUAUAUACAUAUUUUGAUACGGUAUUGCUUUGACUCGUGUUUAUACCAGUUCUACAUAAAAGUUCAAAAAUGUAAAAAAUCUUUGAUGUUAUUUAAUGUGCAUAUACGCAGGACUGUUUCAUAAUUAGCCUGCAAACAAAUACAAAAUUAAAGUACCUUCGCGGGAAAGCAGACCAGUGAUAGUAUUUUAUGAUGUUAAUAAUAUAAAGAUAUUUUUUCAUAUGAUAAACUACACAAUUGUACCUGCGAAGACGUUAUCGCUGUUGAAAAUCACGGAAUCCUCGUAUGUGUCUAUAUAAAAAUUCACUUUGUUUGUACAGCACAGUACACAGUCUAUUGUCUACAAAUAUAUUAUAUACAUAUAUAUAUAUAUAUAUUUUUUGUCUUAUAAUAAAAAAUA